AUGUGGUUAUUACUAUAUUUCCUUGCCGUUAUUCCUAUGUGUGUCAUUACUGAGGCGUCCAAUCAUUCUUAUGACUUCUCAUCCGGACAUGCCCUCUUGUACUCGAAUUCCAGCGCAAUUGUUCAAUUCAUUGAUGGGGCUAAUCCUGAACGAGAGUUCCUAUUGAAUCAAACAACAGCGACAUUCCACACCCGCAGUCAUGCAUGGGGAGCAGGAACUAUCUCGACCGACUCUGGAGAGGCGUCCUGGAAUCUGGACUACAUACCUUACAACAACUUUAGUGGACCUUACAACAUCCCCCUCAAUGAUGGCCUACAACUGAAAAUCACACGGUCCCCUGGGCAGGUCCUCACGGAAACGUACACCUUCGAGAAUACAUCUCCUGAAAGGAUCGCGGCGACAGGGAUAUACAUACAGACUCCCUUUAACGACCUAUAUGACACAGCCCUCUGGUCUCUGACAUCUGCCGUCAAUGCCCACAUUUUCACCGGCGGUGCAUGGGCAUGGGCCUUAGCUGAGCCUAUGUCAGGCGAGGGCCGAUCACUAGGUCUCAUUGUGCGAAAGGGCCACUUAUGGAGUUAUUCUCUGGAGACAUCUUCCAGCUCUGACGUCCGGGGACACAUAGUUCUUCAAGUCACAGACGAAAAGAGGGACCCUCAAGGUUUUGGUGGUCAACCAGUGGUCCACAUUGACCCGGGAGAUUCAUACGUUCUGGAGUGGGAAAUUGGUUUCUAUGAUGACGCCAGUGAUUUCAUUGAAGCCACGAAUCCUCCAGCAACUUUCUCGGCAUACUCUGCACCUUUAGGCCAAGCGAUCACUCUCGACUCGAAAAUUGAACCGAACUCAUCAUCUUCAAAUUUAAAGAUUAAGAGGAGUAGGGAUGGCUACACACUGAGUGCAAGUUCUCCGGGCACCUAUAACGUCGAUAUUGGCGAUUCCCGAACUGAGGUUUCAUUUCACUUGCCGCUUGAAACCGUUGUGCGAGAGAGGGCCCAUUAUAUGCUAGAACAUCAGCGACCGGUGGAGCGUUCAGCCCCUCUCGAUGCUGCAUUUGUUGCCAUUGACACUGACAACCUCACUACGAUUGUGUCAAGCACAUGGGACGACUGGGGGGAUGGCUCGGAGCGAAUUGCCAUGCCUACGCUUCUUCAAUUGGCAGCUAUGCACGGAUAUAUUCCAUCUGAACUAGUGGACAUUCCGUUGAAAAACUGGAUCGAGUUUGCCAGCACCUCUUUAUUUGACGCUGAAGGCAAUACUUGGCGUUGCACCGGAUGCUCCCAGACUCAGAGACCAUACGACGCCAUAUGGCUUGUGAUGUUUUUCAACGACCGGUACAAAUGGCUUGGCAAUAGCACAAAUAUUGACACAGCAGUCACACUACUAAACAGAGCAUUCGAAGUCGGAAAGGUGCAGGAAGCGCCAAUCAUCUUCUUUUCGCAAGCCAUCCUAGAGCUUUGCCAGAGCCUUGACAAACUCGGACGUUACAACGAAAGCGCUACGUACAGAAGCAAACUUGUCGAUACAACCAUGAGUUUCGUGAACGAUGGCCGGGAUCUCCCUGAAUCUGAAGUAAGCUAUGAGCAGUCCAUCGUGGAACCUCUGGUCGAGAUGGUUGCAGACACAUAUAAUUUAACGAGGAACAUGACGCUGCUCAGCGAGACACAGGAGCGCCUUAACUGGCUCAUGGCCUUCUCCGGGCCACAGCCACAUGCUCGGCUCUACCAAAUCGCAAACCGCCACUGGGAUGAUUAUUGGUUUGGCCUGCGUCGUCAGUGGGGGGACGUGUUUCCUCAUUACUGGAGCGCUCUGACCAGUCAAGCACUUAUUCGCCUUCCUCGGGAACUCAGAACCAAGCAAACCGAUCAGAUAGCUCUUCAAAUCCUCCGAUCUAAUAUGGUCAAUUUCUUUUCUGGAGGGUCGGCAACUUGUGCAUUUGUCUUUCCCUCGGCAGUUGACGAUGAGUCGGCUAAUGUAGCUGACCCUAUGGCUAAUGAUCAGGACUGGCAUCUGGUUAUUUGGUUGAGGUUGCUUGAAUAUGGAAUACCAAGUGUCUAA